GUCCCGGGGAAUGCUGGAGUUGGCUCUGUAAUGAGCAUCAUGAGGCGGGCUGUCGUGUGGGAGGGCUUUGCAAACAUUCCCCUCUUAUUGACCAGGGAGCAGAAUCAGUUGGGGAUUGCAGCAGCCUCAGACUGACUCAGAGGAAAUCACAGAAGCGCACGUCGGUGCGUAACAGGAGCGGAAUCGAGUUUAUUCGGGUUGUGCGUGGUUAAUGAGUGAAUUGGGGCUUUUAGUUGCCAGGGAAGCAGAAGGGAAUAUGUGCUUGUUUCGUUUUAAGUGACUGUCAUGGAUAAAUGUUGACAUGAAGAAAAGUUGGAGCGUCCUGUGUAAAUUCGGGGAGUUUGGACAUCGUUUGGAUAUUUCUGUCUUGAAAAUGCGUCGCUUGGGGACACAUGGGCUUUAGAAGCAGGAAACCAAACCCGACCUCCGAUGGCUAAUGUGGAGCUCCUCUACUUUGAUCAACCGGAUCAGAGAAGCUCUUGCCACCUCUCAGCCAAACAGAGUCACACUGAGGGCGGCUGCGGAGGCGGAGAGCCGCCUCAUCCCUCCGGAGGACAGAACUCAGCACCAUGGACAGAGACCCUGAGAGCCGAGGAGGAAACAGCUUUCAGAUGCAAACAUGAUGAAGACGAACGGCUGGUCUGUCAGCUGGCUCACCUGCACGAGGAUGAGGAAGAAGAUGGGCAAGAGGAAGAGCAGGACGACGUUCCGGAACUUUUUCUGUUAUCCGAUGAAGACCUGUCUUCGGACGGCUCGGGAAAGUCUGUGGAUUACGGCUUCAUCAUCGCCGUCACGUGCCUGAUCACCGGCAUCUCCCUGGUCGCCAUAACCUACACGGUCCCCAGGGACGUGCGCGUGGACCCGGACAGCGUGUCGGCCCGGGAGAUGGAGCGCCUGGAGUGGGACAGAGCCAGAGUCGGCACCCAUCUGGACCGGUGCGUCAUAGCGGGGCUGUGCCUGUUGACCAUGGGGGGCGUGCUCCUGUCAACGCUGCUCAUGGUCUCCAUGUGGAAGGGGGAGAUGAUGAGAAGGAGAGCACUGGCUGACUACAAACAUGCGGCCAGGCUGUACGGCUCCCUCAGUCUGAGGACGGGAUCCAGCCAGACUCUGGAGUCCUGCUCGCAGCUGUCAGCAGAGGAAGACGAUUUGGAACUUCUCAGCGGAAUCUAAACAUAUGGAGUCCUGGAUAUGACAUAAAAAAAUUCCCUCAAUUUAGCAUUUUGUGUAAACAAGUUCACAAUGCUAAUUUUGUUACCUCAAAUUAUUAUUUUCUGCGACCAAAUUAGGAUCAUGUGCGCCCAAGAGACCAAUUUGUGCGCACAAUGUGCGUAUUUGUAGACAAAUGUGAACUUGUGCGCGCAAAAUAUGAAUUUUUGCACACAAAAAAUGAAAUAUGUGAACAAAAUGCUAAGUUGUGAACACAAAUUGCUAAUUCUUACACGCAACAUAUUAAUUUUUGCACCUAAAAUACUAAUUUAUGUGCACAAAAUGCUAAUUAAAUCCUAAUUUAUGGCCACAGAUUGGCAAUUUGUGCGUACACAAUGAUAAAUUUAGGAUUAAAAAAAAUAUUAUUUAUUUAGUCCAGGGCUCCAUACAAACACUCCAAGGCUCAAAGGGAUUAUAAAUAAUGUCCAGCUUUCUGCUCAGUUCAUGUCAGUCUCUUGAUGGUCUGGAACCUCAAGCAUUGCAGGCUCAGCAUUAGUGUCACGCUAAAUGACAUGGGAAGUCCACAUCUUCUGAUGCUGAGAAGGAAACUGGGUUAUUAAUGUUUUUUUUAAUGUUUUAAACAGAUUAAAUCCCAUCCCACAGCAGAAUGUGCAUCAAGUUGCUUCAUCUUUUAUUUUCCCACAUCCCCUAUACACAAAUGCUGAGAAAAAUGCUGAGUCGACUGAUGUGUGGGAAGUCAGACAGUUCUUGACAUGGUGACAUUUGCAUUUAUCUGCAUCCUAAAUACAAAUUCUUGCUAUCCAGUUCAGAUGAACCCCUCUAGCGAAGACUGGUUGCAGCCUCCUGGUCCCUUAGAGGCUUUAAAAAGAACAUACAAUUGGGAAUUACAGUAGAAUAAUCUUCAAACAGGUGCAGAGACUUCAGGGAAUUUAUUGAUAGUAUGUGAAUAAAAGUGAACCUGUUGCCUGUAGUGGUUUUUGCAGAAUGAGCUCAGAGAUGCCUGAAUCUGAACUUUCUAUUUUAAAAACCAUAUUUUCAGAAAACUGAAUUCAUCAACAUUGAAAUGUGGUGGAACUCAUGAUUAUUAUUGUGAUGAUUUUGAAAGAGGCAACAAAAAUAGGGAGGAUCUUCACCUAAAAUGUGUGUGCUAAGGUUUCUCCAUUCAGGUGAAAUUUGAAAGUGGCUUUGAAGACUUUUUUUUUUCUAAAAUUAGAUCUUUUUUGUUUACAUCAGUGUGUUUUUUUUUCUUUUUCAUCUCUGGCUUGCUGUGCCCAUGAACAGAAAUACUCCAACCUUUCCUCUGCCGGAAUUUAUUCCCUCUUAUAAAAUAUUCUUCAAUGUUUUCUUACAUUCUUGAUGCUAAAUAAAGUAUAUUGUGAAUAGUAACAUAUGAAGAAGUUAAAGGUUUAAACAUGAGCUGAUGUGAAGUUUUAUAAGUUUAACCAAUUCAAAUAUUGUAAUUUAAAGGGAAUUUACAAACUUGCAUGAUAUCUGAGCUUAUUAAAAAUACAAUCUAAAUUCAGAGGAAACUUAUGAAAUGAAGAUUAACCAAAGCAAAAAAAAAAAA